AUGGCAACCCAAACCACCAUCCCACCCACAAUCCUCUCCACCUCCUCCCCGACCGACAUCGCCUCCACAUGCGAGACGUUUGCCCUCUCCAGGGAGGAGUUUGACAACCUCCACCGCUCAGCAAAAGAAGCCAAAAGCCAUUCCUACUCCCCCUACUCCAAAUUCCGCGUCGGCAAUCUCAUCAUCACAGGCGCGAACGUAGAAAACGCCUCCUACCCCGUCACAACCUGCGCAGAGCGCACCGCCCUCUGUAAAGCCGUCACCACCGUCCACCCCCCCAACUCCAUCUCCUGGGCCUCCAAAACCCUAGAGUUCAAAGCCAUAGCAGUAGCAACAGACAUCUCCCCCCCAGCCUCCCCCUGCGGCAUGUGCCGACAGGCCAUCCGCGAGUUUUGCUCCGUAGAAAUUCCAAUCAUCAUGUUCGACGGUGAGAACGGUUACGCGGUCCUCAGACUAAAGGAACUACUUCCCCUGAGCUUUGGGCCGGAGGCGUUGGGGAAGGAGGAUUUGGGGCGGAGGGAGGAUUCUUAG